GCGUUUUCCGAUUCACCGAUUCGAUGUCACUCGUACGUUGUUUAUCCCUCAGGUCGGCGCUUAACGCUCCUCGUUACCGAUCCUCUUAUGCUUGUCUCGUCCCUCUUCAGACUCGUCGCGAAGAAGAAGAAGCUACACGAAAAAUCCCUGAAAUUCGAAAUUACCACAGUUUCAUCAACAACCAGAGUUCGUUAAUCGCUGGCUGCUCCGGCUUCUCUCGCAACCUCUCUCCCUUCCAAUCUCCGGUGAUUGCGUCCUAUCGAACCAUUUCGACUUUUAAUUUCGCUAGUUCGAGUGAAAUCCUCGCCGAUUGGGUUUUGAAAUCUGCGGUUUCUAAUGUCUAUGCGUUACACAAUGUCGCUGAUGCUCUUGCUUCACUUCAACACUUGAUUGCUUUGCUUCAUUCUUUCACAUUUUCUCAAUGGUGGGUGUGUAUCAUUGUCACAUCAAUUUUGAUACGG